UUUAUCCACGCGAUUUCUACUUGAAAAGUUUGAAUUUGAUAAAGUUAGACAUUAAUUAAUAGUGACUACAUGUUGAUUCAUUGAAUAUCUAUCAAAGCAACAAUGCCAUUGAUAGAACAAGGGACUUCUAAUCAGAAAGUAACAAUACCACCGAGAUUACCAACGAUAUUGAAACAAUUUUGUAAAGCAGCUAUACGAACUCAACCUUAUGAUCUUUUGAGAUGGUCCAGUGCGUAUUUUCGUGCAUUGGCUGAUGGCGAGGAACCACCGGUUAAAUUAAGAUUAGAAUAUCCACCACCAAGCACAGCUUCUGGUCUAACACUUGGAUUUCUUAGAGUUCUUCUUCGUCAAUUUGGAGAUUAUAACAAAACUUUGUCCAUCGAUGUUAUCUCACGUCGUUGGGAAUGUUUGUGUCUCGAUCGUAAAGAAUUAAAUUUAAUAAUGAUGAUAGGAAAAUUUCGUCGAAAGUGUCAAGUGAAAAAAUUUUUGGCAAUAGCCGUUGGACUUUUAGGAUCUAGUUUACGUGAGACAAUGAUUAUGAUUUGUGAAUUAUUUACACAUGAACCUGAUGGUGGAUCGGCCAUGGUUCCUGUUACAUUAUUCAUGGAAAUUUAUGGAUAUUUAGCUGGUCUUAGAUGCGAUGGUAGUGAAAGAAGUUCAUCGGAUGAAGAUCCAACAGAAUUUCUUGUAUUUGAUGAAUCUAACAGUAGUUCAUCUUCAAAAGGACAUGAAUCUCUUGAUAAUAUUUCUAUUGAUCGAGUAUAUUCGAUUGCUAGUCAAGAUACCGAUGCCGAUGUCAAUUUAGAUUUGGAUUUAAUUUCUAAAGAAGCUGCUGAUUCCUCGAACAUGAUCUUAUCACCAGAAAUUAGCAGAAGUUGUUCAACUCGAGAUGAGGAUUCGAAUAAUGUCGAAGAUAAAAUUUCAUGCAGUAAUAAUAAUACAGAAGAAUCAUCAUCAGAUAGAACAUUGAAACGGGAAGAGGAUAGCAAUGUUUCUGACUUUACAAUAGAACCAAGUAAAUCUUUUAAUUUGGAAGAUGUUCGAACAAAAUCAUCUAAAAGUGAAGAUAAAGUGAAAAACGUAACAAACGAUGACGCAAAUGGAAGAAAUUCGUCUAAUAAAAGUGACGUGUCGAUAGCUAAAGAAAGAAAAAAAUUCAAAAUUGCUAAUACUCAAUUACUUUCAUAUUAUCCAAAUAUUCCAGGUAUAGGUCCUCGUUUAUCUCCAGAAGAUGUAGCAAGUGUUGCUGUAUGGAUGAGUGAAUGUGCUAGAUUACAAGAAGGAAUGAUAGGACCACGUAAUCUUCGACAUCCACAAUGUCCUCCUCUAUGUAAGCAAAAACAAUCUGAAUCAUGAUAGUAAUGUAUACAGUAUAUUUGAAAUUUCAAAAAUUAGUCAAUCUCCUUUAUUGUUAGCUGAGAAUAAAUUA